AAAUAAUUAUAAAGAUUGUGAAAAUUGGAAUUGAACGGAUAAUGGCUUCCAACUGGCCUCCUCUUCCUAGACAGCCGAUCGGUACUGCAUGGGGUCCUCGAGGAGCUCCCAUUCAAAUGGAAGUGUUUUUGGACUACUGUUGCCCAUUUUCCAAAAAAGCGUUUUUCAUACUGAUGGAUCAAGUGCUUCCUGCAAUGGAAGAGAAGAUAUGCUUUUAUUUCCAGCAUCAAAUACAGCCUUGGCACCCCCAAUCCACUCUCUUGCACGAAGCAGCAUUGGCAGUGAAACAAAUCGAUCCUGACAAGUUUUAUCCGUAUUCUCGCGUAUUAUUUGAAAACUUGGACAAUUUUAUUGAUCAAAAAGUGUAUCAGAAGAGUCGCAAAGAGAUGUAUGAACAAUUGGCAAAGUUAGCAAAGGAAGUUGGAAUUGAACCGGAGCAAGUUUUAAAAAAGUUGGAAAUCCUGGAUACUAAGGAAGGCAAUGAUGUAACGGCAGAUUUAAAGUUGAGUAUUCGAUAUGCUCGUCAAUUAGAUAUUCAUGUAUCACCUACUUUCAUGAUCAACAGAAUGAAAGAUCCUGUAGCUUCAAGUUCUUGGUCAGUUCAUGAAUGGAAGGAAAGGUUGAGUCCGCUUUUGUCAUAAAAUGAUGUCUGUUCUUUUGUUUGUCUAUUAGACAACCAUUCCUGUUGCUUUAAAAGCAAAGCAAAUCACCGCCGUCCCCACUUUUCACGUCUUUAUUCUAACCUAAGACUGCAUUGACUUCGGUGUAUGUUAUCCCGUGAGGAUGAGACGACCAACUGUUGAGUGAAACGAGCAUAGCGUAGUUUUUGAGGAGUUGUUCAAACUCUCCUCUUUGCUGGUGGUUGCAGUUUCUUCUGAGACUUUUUAUGUCUUUUGGAAUGAAACUGUGGACGACCACAGAGAAGGAGCUUUGGAAGCCUCUUUAAAAGUUACGUUGUAUGCCAAUAUAUGCUCAAGUUUCGGAAAGGUAGCUGAGCGGGUUGCCAAGUUUGUAGUCGAGGGUUGUUAUGUAGUAAAGAGUGCCCGUGUUGAAACAAGUUUUAUAUGCGCUCCCAACUUUGAGUGGCGACGCAAUAUUUGAACCCAUAACAGGUUCCAGUUGAUGAAGAUCAAUAAAGUGCUUUCAGUUGCUGAUAUUCUUUUCUCUUGUUGUAUCAAGAUACUCAGUAACGUUGCCUCGAGAUAGAAGGAUAUCUCUUAUAUAUAUAUAUAUAUAUUAGGGAUUGUGU